AGUGAUACCAGGGAAUGAAAUAUUUGAAAGACCCAAAAUUAAACCCCCGCCCACACCACUGAAAUCUGGAACCGGCUGCGGUCAAACACACUCUCUCUCUCUCUCUCUCUCUCUCUCUUACAUCAAAUAUAACCACCGGCAAUCACUACUCCCCAGUCCCCCGUACAUAUCUAUCUACACACAAUUCUCUGCUCUCUCAUCAAUUACUCUUACUAGCAAACCCACCCCGUCACUCUCGCCCCAAAUUCUCCCCCAAUUUCUAGGGUUUCUCAAUUGCCCACUUUAGGGUUUUCUCGAUUCCCCAAAUCUCACUCAAUUCUCGACUGAAUUCGCGUUUCAAUGGCGUCUGAGGACGGAUCUGGGGAAGAGGACACGAAAGUAGCUGAUAUGCAAGUGGAGAAUCCUGAAAUUGAAGCUGAAAAAGAAGCCGAAUCAAACCCUAACCCUAAUCAUACUCAACAUGAUUCUGUAAUGGCGGAUAAGGAGGAGGCAGAGCAAGGGGAAGGCGGCGACAAGGCGGAACAAGAUGUUGAAAAGGACCAGGAGGAACAAGAUGUUGAAAAGGAGGAAGAGAAGGAGACUGAAGAGGCGGAAGAGGAAAAGGAGGAGGAGGAGACAAGCAAGAAGGGAAGUGGAAUGAAGACACCGGUGUCGAAAAAGCGGAGAGGCGAAGUGAAAGAGUCGACAAUUGAAAGGCCUUCCAGGGAAAGAAAGACAGUUGAGAGAUAUACUGAAACUUCUUUAGCUAGGGGUUCUGCGACUAAGCCCUUUUCGAUUGAAAAGGGGAAAGGGACGAUGCUCAAGGACAUUCCAAAUGUGGCCUUCAAGCUGUCCAAGAUAAAACCUGAUGAUAACCUGCAGCUACUUCAUAACAUCCUUUUUGGAAAGAGGAUGAAGGUGCAUACACUAAAAAAGAACAUCGGGUUGUUUUCGGGCUUCGUGUGGGCUGAGAAUGAGGAAAAGCAGAGGACAAAAAUUAAGGAGAGAAUCGAUAAGUGUGUCAAAGAAAAACUACUGUUGUUUUGUGAUAUCCUUAACAUACCAGUUAAUAAAGCCUCUACAAAGAAGGAAGAUCUGUCUGCAAAACUAUUAGAGUUUUUGGAAUCUCCACAUGUUACAACUGAAGAAUUGCUUGCUGAUAAAGAAAUGAAAGGUAAACAGCGGAAGAGGAAGGCUAAAUCUAGCAAGUCGCCAAGAUCUGUCGAGGAAGCUUCAGGAACAUUAUCCAAGAAACAAAAGCUUAAGUCUGAAUCUGAGAAGAGCAAGCUCCCUUCCAAGAAUGCUGACGAAGAUGAUGAGGAAGGUCAAGACUCAGAAAGCAAAGAUGCUUCUCAAGAUGAUGAAAAUGACAAUAACAGUGAUGCUGCUUCAAAGGAAGACAGUGAGCAGGAGAGCAAGUCUGAAGAAGAGGAAGAUGAUAAGGAAGUUGAACCAAAACUGCAAUUGACAAGUAAAACAAGUUCUUCCAAGGCAGCUAGUAAGGGCAAUUCUGGGGGUAAAACUGUUGACAAAUCCAAAUCUGUUAAAAAAGCCACCCCUAUAAAAUCAUCCAAAACAACUCCAAAGUCGACUAAGAAAUCUUCCAUGUCAUCUGCCAAGGAAAAAGCUGACAAGGCUAACACCAAUGCAGCAUCUGGCUCAUCUCGUAAAUCCAAGGCGCCUUCUACUAAGAAACAAAAGCUGGAAAAGGAACAUGAGAAAGACCAAUCUUUAUCUGCAAAAGAGAAAACCUCCAGCAAAAACAAGUCUUCCACAAAGGCUCAUUCAAAAAAUAAAGGAAAUGAAAAGCCGAGCAAAAAGGCCAAACCUGAACCCAGCAAAGAGGAGAUGCAUGCAGUUGUAGCAGACAUUUUGAAGGAAGUUGACUUCAACACUGCAACCUUAUCUGAUAUACUUAAACAGCUCGGUGCCCACUUCGAUGUAGAUCUCAUGCACAGAAAAGCCGAGGUGAAGGCGAUUAUUACUGAUGUUAUAAACAACAUGACUGAUGAAGAUGAUGACGGGGAGGAAGAUACUGCAGAAGAUGGCGAAGGGGAUGGGGAAGAUGAUAAUAAUGCUUAGGUGGCAGUGCGGCAUAGUGUAAGAAAGAACUUUUGAGUCCAUGUGCCGCUAAUAAGGUUGUGUAACGAGUCAAUAGGGCAGGUCCUAACUGUACAGGGUUUUUUGUUGGUGUGAAUGAUGUGUUGGCCUUCCAAUUUUCAUCUUCCCUGCUAGAUGAAGACCCCAGAAUAGGUCUGUUUGUAUCAAUAGAUAUUAGUUUAUUUUAGGUAACUUAUUGUAGAUGUUAAGGAGUUCUUUUGUGUCUUGAUAGCUAGCUCUCCCUUUUGGUAGCUGUACUUAAUUUGGUUUAGCUGAUAUUUCAUAAAUGUGGCACUCCUUUGGUAUUCUGUCUUAGAAAAUAUUGACUGAAGUUGGGAUUAAGAAGUAGCAGUGAUCUCAGUUUUUUAA